AGUAGCAGCAGCAGUCACUACUAAUGUUUGUACUAUUGAGGUUCACCGUAACUGUUACACAUAUAUUUAAGGUGUGUGUCAGCUGAAGAAUGAGUCGCUUUCUGAAUGUGUUGAGGAGUUGGCUGCUGAUGGUGUCCGUGAUCGCGAUGGGAAACACCGUGCAGAGCUUCAGAGAUCACAGCUUCCUAUCAGAGAAACUCUACACGGGGACACCGGAUUAUGUAAAUGGACUUCAGGCGAGAACAUUUGGGAUAUGGACCCUUCUGUCUUCUUUCAUACGCUGUGCCUGUGCUAUAGACAUUCAGAACAGAACGCUUUAUCAUGUCACCUUGUGGACCUUUGUUCUGGCACUUGGGCAUUUCUUGUCAGAGGCGUUCAUUUAUAAAACUGCUCCUUUGACUAUUGGUGUCAUGGCUCCUCUGAUUGUAGCAGGUUUCUCUAUUGUGGCUAUGUUAAUUGGAUUUCAGUGUAUCGUUGAACCGCAGGACAACGUUGGAGCUCGACAUAAGAAGAGAAACUGAAGAAACGCUUCAGUAACAUUCACAUCAUGACCUUUGAAGCCCUGCAGGUGCUGCAUGUGAACCUUAAAGGGUUUGGACUGUAAUCGAAUGUGAAGUCCUGUUGUAGGUGGGUCGCUGACUGUUGACAGGACCCACUAAUUGUUGUUCAUGUGGUCUGUGAUGAUGUCAUUGGUUGACAAUCACUAAACAUAUAAGGCCCAAAACUACCAACAGUUUUAAUAAUAUAAAUAAUUUUUAUAUGAAUUUGUAUGAUAUUAGCUGUGUACAGAUCAUUCUCAUUUUUUCGUAAAGUACAUUCAGGGAUGCUUUUUAAGUUAUAAAUGCUGAAAUCUUUCCCUUCA